AUGCCUACACCAAGACUCACCCGACCAGUCGUCACACUGGCCGUCGGGAACGCCAUCUGAACGCCGACGAUGUCGCUGCGGAGAGUGUUGAAGGAGUUGUGGCUCACGAAGAAGACACUGAUCAUCCUCCUGACCCCAUUUGUGUUGUUGCCGCUCGGCCUGCAGGUUGAAAGUCGGGAGUCACGGUGUGCAUACGGUCUUGCCAUCAUGGCGGUGUACUGGAUCACGGAGAGCCUCCCCCUGAGUGUAACGGCGCUACUUCCGCUGGUCCUAUUUCCCACGUUGGGUGUACUUCCGGUCAAGACAGUCUGCAGGAACUACAUGAAAGACACUUCCUUGUUUGGACUGGGCUGCCUCUCGUUCGCAAUCGCAGUGGAAGAGUGGAACCUGCACAAGCGGAUCGCCCUCAAAACUCUACUCCUCAUGGGGUCAAAUCCAAAAUGGUUGAUGCUGGGCUUCAUGCUGCCCACGUGGUUCCUGUCCAUGUGGGUGAACAACACCUCGGCCACGGCGAUGAUGAUCCCCAUCCUGGACGCCGUCCUCAUCCAGCUCCGGGCGUCCACGGACACCCCAGACAACGAUGAAAGCACGACCUUGACCUUCAGCCAAGCCGACACAGCCAUGUCGGAAGGAGAACAGCGGGCAAGCCAGAAGCUACAGAAAAGCACAUAUAACGACGGACGAGAGAAGGACUCCCAAUCGUUCCGACGUCUCUGUAAGGGGAUGACGUUGUGUGUCGCCUACGCUGCCAACAUCGGCGGUACAGGGUCAUUGUCGGGAACUUCUCCGAACCUCAUCAUGAAGGGACAGGCUGACAUUUUGUUUGAGGAAUAUGGUUUGGAUUCGGGGGUGACGUUCACUUCGUGGAUGAUCUUCGCUCUUCCUGGCUCCGCCCUCUGUCUCAUUUGCGCAUGGCUUUGGCUUUCAUUUUUCUUCCUGGGAAAAAGAAACUGGUUCAGAUGGCGGUGUCGCAGCACAGAGACAGAGAGACAUGUACAGAGCACACUCAAACGACAGUACGAGGAGCUUGGACCUGUGUCAUUUGCAGAGAAGGGUGUUAUAGGUCAUUUUCUGCUCUUGGUACUUCUCUGGUUGUCAAGGAAACCACCAAUUGUGAAAGGAUGGGGCGCCUCUUUCCCGUAUGUCGGAGAUUCAGCAGCAGCCAUCCUUGUUUGUGUUUCCAUGUACUUCUUCCCUGCUCAAAGGCCACGGGUUUUUGGCUUACGUGGGAAGCAGGAGACCGUGCAGACAGUCCCGUCCCUGCUCAACUGGCCGACGGUGCAGAGGAAGUACCCCUGGGGGGUGCUGAUGCUGCUUGGUGGGGGAUUUGCACUGGCAGAUGCCUGUGAGAAAUCCGGCCUGUCCCGGUGGAUCGGGGGUGAGUUGACUGCUCUCAGCUCCCUGGAGCCAUGGCUGAUGAACCUCCUGCUCACCCUUCUCAUCGCCCUGUGUACCGAGAUCACCAGCAACGCAGCCACAGCCUCCCUUCUCGUGCCUAUCGUGGCCCAGCUGGCCAUGAACUUGUCCAUCAACCCGCUCUACCUCAUGUUUACCUGCGCCAUCUGCACGUCCUUCGCCUUCAUGCUGCCUGUGGCGACACCACCAAACGCCAUCGUCUUCUCCAACGGCUAUCUGGAGGUCAAGGACAUGAUCCAGGCCGGUGCGGUGAUGAAUAUACUGUGCGUGGCUAUCCUCAACGUGGGUGCAAACACGUGGGGCAAAGCCUACUUCAACCUCGGUGUCAUGCCCAUUGAAUUCUCCACAAACUUCACUGCUGCCGACGUUGUCAUCAACAAUGUUACGUUGACGAACUAGGUGAUGCUCAUCAUCAAAACAACCUGUAUUCUCAUCAAUCAGGAAACAACUGACACUUGACGAGAUAAAUGAAUGCUUUGCCUUCUUUAUGUACUACAUAUAUCAUAGCAAUAUUUGAGGAACACUAGUGAGUGAGUGUGUGAGUAUGGUUUUACGCCGCUUUUAGCAACAUUCCAGCAAUAUCACGGCGGGGGACACCAGAAAUGGGCACCCCAUUGUACCCAUGUCGGGAAUCGAACCCAGGUCUUCGGCGUGACGGGCGAAUGCUUUAACCACCAGGCUAUCCGACCGCCCCUGAAGAACAUUAAUGACGAGUAAAUAGUUCAAAAGUAUUGAAACAAGUGUGUAAAAGUUUCGUAUCCUCAACAUUCAAUGGUUAAAUUUUUACAUUGGUAUGGAAUAAAAGCAUCGUCGUGGAA